GCCCAGAACACGUCCAUAGUAUAGUAAGCGGCUAAAAGCGGUCCGCCUUUCUCUUCAUUCGCAAUUCGAGACGAAGGCGAUAUCGCCGUGGAAUUUCCCAACAUGUCGUCGUGUUCGACACCAAAGCGAAUCCUCGGAUUAGAGGAUGAUGGCACCCAGAGCGAGGUCGAGGAUUUCCAGGCAAAGCGAGUCAGGGUCGAUGGUUCGUUCGCGACUGGGUCCAGCUCAGGAUCAGGCAUAGGAACCCCCUGCGAUUCAUUGAGCAUUCGGAUUCAACAUGAUGUUAUGGAUACGGAAGAGGAGCGAUUCGACGGUGGGCUUGCUCUUCCACAUCGCCAGGAUCCCCGCUUUCUAGCACCGCCGGUGUUCUAUCCCAACCUCUCACCCCAUAACACAUUCCAUCUUCCUGCUCCUGAAUGCCGCGAUCUCAAAGAUCAGAGCUCGCAAGACACCCACGAGGAACCUCCUCCGACUCGUCUAUGCUUCGGAAUGCUACGAGACAUCCAAGUCCGAAUCGACCACAUCAAAGACCCCCAAUCUCUCCAUUUCACCGACAUCCCCGGCGAACACGAGUUCGCAUCUCUCGACCUCUCAAUACAAGAUGACCGCUGCGACAUUCUCUCCCUCGGGACUUCCAUCGCCACCAUGAACCGCAAAACCCACCACGCACUCAACUCCAUCAGACUCCCCGACCCUCCAAUCUGGACAGGCGUGAUGCCCAAAUCCGAGCUCCAGCAGAGACUAAUAGCCGCAGGGACGUCCCCACGAUCGAAGGUGACGUGCAAGAUGUCCGUCCUCGUGAUCGGGGCCCCUUCUAUCGCGCAGACCCUUGCGAGGGAGCUCGCCAAGUAUCAUCUGUUUCUGCAGCAUCCGGAUCCAAAGCCUGCGAACCUCGGGUAUGAUAAUCCGCAGUAUCUGUCGCUGGUCGGGGCGCCGUGUCUCGACAGGCCGAUUCUUCCGCCUAUUUUGGACAUUCCGAAUCAGCGCGAUGGCCAUAAUUCGGAAGGCCUUGAUGGAGGGGAAAGUGAGGAUGUUAGAGUGGUUCUUGAUACGUUCCCGCAGCAGACUUUGCGGAAUGAGGUGGAGAUUGAUAGUCGGAUUCGAACGAGGCUGGAAAGUCACCAACGAGAAGCGGUCGAUUUCAUUCUAUCUCGAGAAUCAGCCCAUUCGGAACAUAAGAACAAGCUCUGGCGCCUGGAGCGGCGGAAUUUCAAUGAGGAUGUAUACAAACAUAUCAUCACUGGAGCGAGGAGUAGGGAGCCCGUGGACUUCUGCGGUGGCGUUCUUGGGGAUGAUAUGGGUGUGGGCAAGACCCUCAGUAUGAUUGCCAGUAUCGUGGCGGGUUUACCUCGCGAUGAAACAAGUUUGGUGGGCGACAAAUGGAUUCAAGAGCCUGUGAAUGCGGACUUGAUUCCUGUGAGGGCCACGCUUGUUGUCGUGCCUUCGUUCUUACUAAUCCGGGGCUGGGUUGAGGAGAUUGAAAAGCAUGUAAUUCCCGGGGCCCUGAAAUAUUACAAAUAUCAUGGCCCCGGGCGAUGCAUCUCAUUAUCCUCGCCUCCUUCAAAUUACAUUAUUUUCUCGACGUAUGCUACAGUCGAAGCCGAUUUCAGUAGCAGCGGCGGUGAUUGUGUUCUCAACAGAAUCCACUGGCACAGGUUGAUUCUCGAUGAAGCUCACGUUAUCCGGAACUCGUCCACGAAACAAUUCAAGGCUAUAGAAAGCCUAUCAGCCUCAAUCCGCUGGUGCAUGACCGGAACGCCAAUCCAGAACUCUCUGAACGACCUCCUAUCACUCGUUCGAUUCCUGCACGUCCCGCACUUGGAUAGUGUUGCAAGUUUCCGCAAGCACAUGCUAAAAGGACUCAAAUCAACCCCCAAGCUGCAACCCGACUACGUCAACCUCAAGCUCCUACUAGCGUCGAUAUGUCUGCGACGAACAAUGUCGACAGUGUUUCCCUCUCUGGGCGGCAUCUUCGUCUUCCAUCGUCCCUCAUUCUCGGACGCCGAACGCAGAGUCUACGAUGAGCUGCUUCGGGCUUGCGCUAGGCAGCUCAAGGCAAGUGCCAGCUUGCCAACGAGGGGGCGAGAAAGUCAGCUGAUGUUGACGGCUAACUUGAGGUUGCGCAUGUUCUGUAAUGCUGGGCUGAGUAGCUCCUUUCUCGGUGGGAGAGAUGAUAGCGAUGGGCGGUUGUCGCCGGACGCAGUUGUGACCUUGUUGCAGCAGAGCGGACAGAAUAUCUGCUCGGUUUGCAAUAUGGAAGUACUCUCUCUGGACUUCGACGACAGGUGCAAUUUGCCGGUGGACUGGCUCUCUUUCGGCCGUGCGUUGAAAUGUGAAACAUGUGCUCAGCUAAAGGCCGGGGUAAAAGAUGGAGAAAGUCCAUGCAACCUAGCGAUCUCGACAACCCGGAAGUCCGAUGAUGACGCAAUGGAGGACGUACAGUUUAGCUCUGAACGAGGGCCUGCUCCUACUGACUAUCCUUCGAAAUUAGUGUCUUUGCUCGCGGACAUAAGAGAGCACUAUGCGGAGGAUAAAAGCAUAAUAUUCAGCUUUUGGAGGGAAAGCCUAGACAUCGUGGGGCGAGUUUUUGACGAACAAGGAAUGUCCUUUUGUCGUGUUGAUGGCAAGAUCGCGCCGACGCAACGGCAGGCCGUACUGGAGGAAUUCCAGCGCAACUCAGCGGUCCGGGUGCUCCUCAUGACUAUAGGGACGGGUGCUGUAGGCUUGAAUAAUUUGUCUGUCGCAAGCCGGAUUCAUAUACUGGAACCGCAGUGGAAUCCGUCGGUGGAGAGCCAGGCGAUCGGUCGUGCAUUGCGCUGGGGUCAGGGUAAGAAGGUUUUUGUCAUUCGAUAUAUAAUGAAGGGCACAGUCGAAGAGAAUAUAGAGAGUGGUCAGGAAUGGAAGAAGCAACUCUCGCUGAUCGGCCGCGAGGUAUGUUAGGAGGACUAGAAUAGCGAAGGAAGUCCGGUGCAGACUUUCAAUGCAACAUGUGUGGGCUGGGCGU